CCGUCCCGAGUCUUCAGUCAGUCUUUGGAUGGCGGAGUGUAAGUCGUGUGAAUCGUUAAGGUUGUGUGUCUCCUUUUCUCUCUCUCUCUCUCUCUCUCUCUCUCUCUCUUACACUCUCCCGUCCGCUCCUCCCUUUUCCUCUACCGACCCUUCAAUAUUUCUUCCGUCGUGUAAACAAACGCGACGACAUUUUUCUAUCACUACAGAUCGAACAACAAACGUUCUAUAGGUUUAUCAUCUCUCGUUAUUAUAAUAUAAUUGGCGAAUUUUCUUUAACUGCGUGAUUUGCCAAACAAAUACGCACACACACACACACAUACACAUAUAUAUAUAUGAUAUAUAAGGAGAAAUUAAAAAGAGAUAAGAAAAGAAGAAGGAGGCAAAGUUUAGAAGAGCAUUAGUGAAAUGAAGUGACGUUUUCGUACUCUCCCAAUGUGAUCCUUUUUUUUGGUUUCUUCUUUAUUUUCUUUUUCCCUUCCUUCCUUCCUCAUUUCUUUCCCUCUUCCCCGAAAAGAAGUUUAACAAAUAUGAAAAUCUACGUCGAACGUGGACAAAAACAACAUGAGGGAUAAAACAACGCCGGUUAGACGAAUCUUGGAUGAUUUUUAAGAAGACGAUUACCGAAAGAUCGUUUCGACGAGAGUAUAAAAAGCACUCCGUAACAGCAACAGCAACAGCAACAGCAACAGCAACAGCAAUAGCAACAGCACCAGCAUCAGCAGCAGGAGCAGUAGCUGCACGGACGAAGGAACCGUAUAUGGUGCUGGCCUACUACCUCCUCUCAUCGCACACAUAUAAACAAGUUGGCAGGCUCAAGGCCUCUCGAUUCGAUCAGGAUGGAGCUACGGUGGUCCCUCUACUGCACAAUAAUACUGCAGACUUUCGUAAUGGCUUUGCACGCUAUCGAAGACUUUCGGCAUAUUUCUUACGAAGAGACAAUCUCUAUCGCUUAACGUUGACGUCUCUAACACCUUUGGAACACGCCUCCUGGACCGCGCCAGAAGACAAAAUAAAUACUUGUCAGAACAAGGGCCAAAGCCCCGAGGAUUGUCACAAUUACAUAAAGGUACUUCUGAGCAAUGGCAAGAGUCUAUUCACCUGUGGUACUUAUGCGUUCAGUCCUUGGUGCACCUGGAGAGAGAUCGAGAAUAUAACGAGCGUGACGAGCGAAAUGUCAGGCGUAGCUAUGUGUCCGUAUUCACCCCACGCCAACGUCACUGCACUUUUGGCUAGAGGUCCAUCCGGCGGACUAUUCGCUGGUGCGCCAACUGAUUUUUCUGGUUCCGAUCCUGCGAUCUAUAGGACUCUCGCAUCACCAAAUCUCAGGACUCAUCAGUACGAUUCCAGAUGGCUGAACGAUCCACAAUUCGUUGGUAGCUUUGAGACCGAAGAUCACGUGUACUUUCUGUUUCGUGAGACCGCAGUGGAGUAUAUCAAUUGUGGGAAGAAAAUAUAUUCGAGGAUAGCUCGGGUUUGCAAGAACGAUCGAGGCGGACAGAUCAUGAUGAAGGAUGUCUGGAUGACUUUCAGCAAAGCUCGCUUGAAUUGUUCCCUUCCGGGCGAGUUCCCUUUCUAUUACGAUGAGAUCCAGGGUGCUGUCUAUCAUCCCGAAGAAAGGAUAGUCUACGCGACUUUCACGACUCCGAUUAACGGCAUAGCUGGCUCGGCGAUCUGUGCUUUCAAUAUGUCCAGUAUCGUAGCAAGCUUCAAUGGCCCUUUCAAGCAUCAAGAGAACUUAGGGGCCGCAUGGGAAAGGCGACCUGUUCCUCAUCACAACAGGGAACAUUGUGCAUCACCGUCAAACACGGCACCUCAUUUGAUAAUCGAUAAUCAAAGGUACCAAUUGAUGGACGAUGCUGUCCAGAGCUCAACGUUGACGCCAUUGCAUACCGUAACGUUGGAGAGAUUCACACAGAUCGCUGUAGAUCUUACGCCAACUAAAUUGCAUCGUGGCGUAACCGUAUUAUAUGUCGCAACGACCGAGAGAUUGAUAAAGAAAAUAUCUGUACUUCCGAGGACUCAGGAAACUUGCGUAGUCGAGAUAUGGGGUCCACUUCCAUCGAUUCCAACCACAUUGCAGUUCUUAAAGGACACACAAAGUUUAUACGUUGGCAUGGAAAUUGGUCUAUUGAGAAUACCAGCAGUUCAAUGUCAUCGUCAUCGCAAUCGUCAAGCAUGCCUCAACGCACAAGAACCAUAUUGCGGUUGGAACGAACACUUGAUGAAGUGCGCCCAAGCACCUAAGCAAAAUCAUCUUGCCACUCACUGGCAUCAGGAGGUUACGAAAUGUCCGGUACUCACUGAUCCAGUCGAUGGCGGAUGGAGUGCCUGGAGUGCCUGGUCGGCCUGUCAACAUGGCACUGGAGAACAGUCGUCUCAUGGUCAUUCUCAUAUGCACUCCUACUUAGAUCACGAAGAGAUCACCGAUACUUGUCAAUGUCAGACCAGAGAGUGCAACAAUCCACCUCCACAGCAUGGUGGUACAGGUUGUGUUGGAGCACGCGUCAGAGUGACCAACUGUACGGUUCACGGUGGUUGGACAACCUGGUCAGCUUGGUCAGCCUGUUCUCAAACUUGCGGCUUCGCUAUGAAAACACGUAGACGUAGUUGCACGAAUCCCUCUCCAGCUUUCGGUGGUCGAGUCUGCGUAGGACACGAUCACGAUGACAUUGUGUGUAUCGAUCUACCACCUUGUCCGACACCGGCAAAAGUUACUCCACCGCCUCAGAAUGGACAGUGGUCUCCUUGGGGUGCAUGGAACGCCUGUUCUCGACCGUGCAACGGAGGCAUUCGAAUUAGAAGAAGAACCUGUGACAAUCCUUCGCCUAGGAAAGGUGGUGCCGAGUGCAUCGGAUGUGAUUUUCAGGUCGAGGAAUGCAACACUCAGCAAUGCGGAGAGACUAGAAGAUAUUCAGGAUGGACACCUUGGUUAGCCGUGAACGCAUCGAUACAAAAUGGAAGCGUGGGUUAUACUGAAAAGCGUUUCAGAUUUAGCUGCCGCGCACAAACGGACGAUCCCUCGAGCGUGAGAGUCCAAUUCGCGAAAGAAGAGGAACGUUAUUGUAGAGACGAUGGUUCUUGUUUGCGAACGAACAUCAAUGGAUACGGGGAGAGCGUGGUCGAAAGCGGUUGGAGCGAGUGGUCAACUUGGUAUCCUUGCGAUCGACCUUGUGGAGGAGGCUCACAACGUAGAAGAAGACAGUGCGAGUCACCGCCCUGCGAGGGAAUAUCCGUACAAACGAGAAUAUGUAACAUUCAUCCAUGUAGAACAACAGCCACUUUCGGAAGUGGCGUAGUGGAAGGACAAUGGUCCUGUUGGACUGAUUGGUCCGAAUGUUCAGCUUCUUGCGGUGUUGGUGUUCGUACGAGGACAAGGGAAUGCAUCGGGCCAGAAAGUUGUGACGGGCCCAGACUCGUAAGGGAAACCUGCGAAAUGCCUAGUUGCGAGUCCUUACUUGGCUGGGACACAUGGUCCCGUUGGACCCCAUGCGACAACGAUCGUCAACAACAUAGAAAACGUCAAUGCCUUCAACAUGGUAAUGGAAUGUGUCAAGGACUCAAUCGGGAAACUCGAGAUUGUCUUACGGACUGCACGGACAACGAUGUAAAUGCUUUGCCAUCCAGCGUAGAAAAUGCCAGCGUCUCGGUAGGAGCUGUCGUAGGUAGUUGCAUCGUUGGAUUUUUCAUCGGGUUAGCUCUAACGGCGGUUCUCUGCUUCUAUUAUUUGAAACGAAGAAAGCCUCGUGUACCAGGAAGUCCUCAUUACAUCAGUAAGCAAAAUCCUUACGUCACAGUGCCAUUAAAGGAGGUAAACGCCAAGAGACAGCCUAGUUUUUCCGGUAGUACGAACGGAAACGGUACGCUUCGUGGAAAGAGUAAUCCGAACGUGAACGGCCUUGGAAGUCCAAAAUUAUAUCCGAAGAGCUUGGAGUACGAGUCUGCGACAUUGAAACGCAAUAGUCAUGGUCAGCAACAUAUUCGUGCUGAUCUCGAUCAGGACAAGUACUAUUGAACAAACGAUCGGCCGUAUUAACGUCAUUUUUAUAGUAUUAUACUUCGUUUGACAUUAACGAAUAAUGAUCAUCGAGGAACAUUGAUAAGAAAAAAGAAAUAAUGAUUUCUUUCUUCUCUUAAUACAUUCGCUUCGUCUCCAAAAAAAAAAAAAAAAAAAAGAAGAAGAAGAAAAGAAAAGAAUAACAAAUAACUUCGCUAGGUGCGGUUUACAAUUUUCUUCCUUUUUUUGGAUUCAGUUCAGGAUAUUGUUCAUGUGUUAUAAAGCAAGCAAAUUCGUAAAUUGUUUCGCGUUAUUUAAAUCCUGAACAAUCAAGCGAAUGUGUUAAUCGUCAGGUCACUGUGAAAGGGACCAAAAAUAAAAAAGAAAAAUGCAAACAACAACAAAAAAUAUAUCGGGUAUAUUAUCGUUUUAUACAAGAACGUAAAAGCAAUACGUUAAGUGCACUUUUUGCAGAGUAUCUACUUAAUUAAACUAAUUACUUAUAAUAAGAUCGAUAACGCGUUGGAUUUGCGUUUGAUAAGAAAAAAAGAAGAAAAAAAAUUAACGACGAGUUUAAUCUCGUACACUUUUUUAUCACGAGAACGAAUGAAUAAACCCCGAGAAGCCUAAUCUUAUGGAGAUUAUCAUGUAAACGCCUUAGACGGUUGAACAUUCGAUUGAUAUAUAUAACGUGUAAUAUGGGACAACUAUUUUUUACGAGAGAAUAUUUACAUAUAGUUUAUUUUUUAUUUUUUCUUGUAAAUACGUGAAAGAAAAAACCGUGUGCGUGUGCGUGUACGUCUGUGAUACGAAUGUGCGUGUUAUAAAGCGAGUGAAUAGAAUGUGUCUUUGAUAUGAUAAAUAUGUAUUUGGAAUCUAUAUUUGUACAAAGAAGUUUCAGGCGUUUUAUAAACCAAUCGAGGCUGAGGUUUCGUCAAACGUAAGGGAUGUACAUACAUACGAUAGAUUAACGAAUAUUUUCUUCUUUUUCUUUUUUUUUUUUUUUUGUUAUUUUUUGUUUUUUUUUUUUUUUUUUUUAUUUCUUCAUGAUAGAAAGAAGAAAGAGGAUUUUUUGAUACCGAAUAACGUAGUGCCAUGAGUUUGUACAUAUAGGACGCGUUUUAAAAAAAAUAUUACUUUUAUAUAUAUAUAUAUAUGUAUACAAACACAUAUAUAUACACGUAACUUUACAUUGGCUUUCGCCUGAGUUACGUUUUGCUAUUGGCUCAUAUUGAGUCGUAAAUGCGAGUUUUGAAUUACAUUUAAGGGAACAAUCGCGCAAAAAAAGAAGGAAAAACGAUAUGCCUUAUUGCCUGUCGUGAUUGAUGAUUUUAAGCGAGAAAAAUGUCGAAUUAGAACUUAAUAACGAUUGCAUUUUGUAAUGGUUGCAUGUUAUUUAACAACUCCUUUUUAAAAAAUGAUUAAAACUCUCCGUACUUGACUAGGAGUAAUUAAGAAGAGAGAAAGAGAAAGUAUGCUAGAAAGAAAGAAACAAAUGGAAGAUAUACUUUCGUUACGAUUAGACUGUUAGAAAGAUCUCGGCGGUCUUUAAUUUUUACAUCGAUAUUCUUCUAAGCUCUUUAAUGCAGAUAAAAUAUUAACAAAUAUUUGUACUCCACCCGCCCCCGCCAAUUCCUUUCCCCGCGAUAUCUCCCAAGCCCCACCGCCAAAACACUGGCCAAACGUUUACAUUAAUAAAGACAAUAUUUCCCUUA